AAUAAUUUGUUUUAAAAGUAGUCCAUUCAUUUCAUCAACAUGAAUCUAUACAACUAAAUAGCGCGUAAAUAUGCCACGUCAUAUAAUGAACGCUUUAUCUUCUUUCAAGAUAAUAUAUUAUGAAGCAUUAAAGUAGCAUUCAUUUACGUUACUAGUUACUAGUUACGUUACUAGUCUGACAGUCUGACGCGAAAUCAAGAUUCGUUAUGUCUACCAAAAGCAUACCAUACUUUUUAUCAGGGUCGGUAGUCAGAGGGUUUGGCAGAGGUUCUAAAGCCUUAGGGAUACCUACAGCAAAUCUUGAAGACAAGGUAGUAAAUAAUUUACCUGGUGAUCUUAGUACUGGAAUUUAUUAUGGAUGGGCUUCUAUAGACGGACAAACUUAUAAAAUGGUUGCCAGUAUUGGUUGGAAUCCGUUUUAUAAAAACGAAAAAAAGACGGUGGAGAUACAUUUAAUGCAUAAAUUUGAGAAUGAUUUUUAUGGGAAACAAAUUAAAGCUGUUUUUACGGGAUAUGUACGACCAGAAAAAGAUUUUACUUCUGAAGAGGAAUUAAUUCGAGCGAUAAAAAAUGAUAUUACAAUUGCCGAAGAACAAUUACAGAAAUCAGAUAUGGCGGUUUAUAAAGAUAAUUCAUUCUUUAAGGAAUAAUCUGAUUAUAUAAGAGUACUAUAAUCAUAAUUUGUACUGCAAAUGAUAUGAUCAUGUUAUGGCAACAUAUCCUCAUUAUAUGCGGAAAUAAUAUUAACUCAUACUUUGCUAUAGUUCAUAGUUUACUCUAAUUAGGGAUAAUGUCUAUAAUAUAAAUACUUUUAAUUAUUAAUUUCAUAUUAUAUAUAUGUAUAACUUGCAUUAUAUAAUUUCUAUUAUUUUUAAUAUAUAUACAAUUAUAUAUAUAAUAUAUAACUAUAUAUAUAUAUAUAACUAAAUUAAUAAUAUAAUUCAUAAGUAAUUAAUAUUAACUAUGUUGAAGUAGUAUCUGAUGAAGACGAAGUUGGUGGUGGAGGUGGAGGUGGUGGUAUAGGUAUCCAUGGCAAUUUCAUUCGAAUAGGAAUUUGUGACACUUGUGGUAGCCAAGGCAUAUUUGCAGCUUGAAAUCUUACAUUUGUAGAUGAAUUUGGAUGAUUUUGUGGUGUUAUGUAUCCUGGAGGAACUCUUGGACAUGUAUUGAAAGGAAUUCUAGGAUUUAGAUAUGUUGAGCUAUUAUCUUCACUAUAGUAACUGUGUGAGCCAUAAAAGUUUUGGUUAAGACCACUAACAUUAUGGUUCAUAUAUUGCACAGGUUGCAAUGAACACAUUCCAUAUCCAUAAGGUUCACUAUUAGUUUGAUAGGAUUGUGACCAUAAAUUCUGAGAAUGAUUUUCAGUUUGCAUAGAAGGAAAUCGUCUAUCUCCUCGUGCAUAAAAUCCUUUCCUUUGAUUCUGCAUACUUCUAUUCCACGGAUGAUUGGAUUGCCACCCAGUAGUAGGUUCUAAAAUUAUAAAUGUUAAUAGAAAAUAUAAAUGUUAAUAAAUAAAAAGAUAUGAAUAUUACAUAAGAAACUUACUAGAAAUACGCUUUCGUUUAGACGGAUUUUCAGCUUCAUUAACAUUAUUUACUUGUUUUGUUUUUAGUUGUUCAUAAUAAGCCCGUUCUUCCUCAUCAUCUGAAAAUUCUGGAGGAUCAUCUGCAUUUGCAUCAAUACCCCUGAUUCUGUAAUAAUUAUAACUUGCUUACUAUAUGUUUAAUUUCUUAUAGAUUAAUGUAAUAAAUAUAAAUAAGAAUAGUAUGUAUAAUUAUAUACAUAUUUAAAUAUACACUCACUUUAAUAAUUCAUGUAGAAAUACUAAAGAAGUAUAUUCUGUAUUUGGACAGUAAUAAACAGUCAUUCCUGCUGUAA